AUGGCACCUAUCAAGCUCACCAGCAAAAAUCUGUCGCAGAUUUCGGCGAACGGCAAGACGAAGAUCCCGGCCUACCCGCGUGAUGCCGCCGUCAAGGAGGGAAUCGUUCACAUUGGCGUUGGUGGCUUCCACCGCGCUCAUCUCGCUGUCUACGUGCACAAAUUGAUGGAGCAGCACGGUGUUACCGACUACGCCAUUUGUGGUGUUGGCUUGCAGCCCUUUGAUGCGGGCAUGCGCGAUGCCUUGGAAUCGCAGGACCGUCUUUACACACUCAUUGAACGCUCCGCCAAGGGUAACUUUUCCCAAGUCAUCGGCAGCAUCAACUCCUACAUCUUUGCACCCGAUAACCGUGAGGCUACUAUUGCUAAGAUGGCACACCCUGACACACACAUUGUAUCCCUCACUAUCACCGAGAGCGGUUACUAUUACAACGAAAACACACACGAACUGCAAAGCGAACACCCUGAUAUUCAGUUCGACCUUGAUCCAGCCAACAGCAAGGCACCACGCACAACCUUCGGCUUCCUUUACGCCGCCCUAGAACGCCGCUACCAGCAAGGACUCAACCCUUUUACUGUUCUGUCAUGCGAUAACAUGCAGAAGAACGGUUCCAUCUCACGCCACAUGCUUGUAUCGUUUGCCCGCCUGCGCGACCCUAAGGUUGCCGAGUGGAUUGCCGAAAAAGGCGCUUUCCCCAAUGCUAUGGUUGAUCGCAUCACCCCUCAGACAUCAGCCGCCGACAAAGCAUCGCUUGCAGACGAAUUUGGCAUUGAGGAUUCAUGGCCAGUUGUUACAGAGCCUUUCAUGCAAUGGGUUGUCGAAGACCAUUUCGUGGAUGGCCGUCCGCCCUUUGAGAAAGUUGGUGUUCAGGUUGUCAAAGAUGUCCAUACUGUUGAGCAGUUUGAGAAGCACAAGCUACGUCUACUUAACGGCAGCCACUCGAUCAUCUCUUACGGAGGUUUCCUGGCAGGCUACAAAUAUGUUCACAAGGUCAUGGAGAACCCGCUAUUCGAAAAGUUCAUAUGGCAGAUGAUGCAGCAGGAGGUGAAGCCCCUCUUGCCUGCGAUCCCGGGCGUUGAUCUUGAUGAGUAUUGUAAAACACUCAUCGAACGCUUCUCCAACCCAACAAUUAUGGAUCAGUUGCCUCGUAUCUGCCUCAACGGCUCCGGCAAGAUCCCACAAUUCAUCAUGCCAUCAAUUGCUGAGGCAAUUUGGGUUACUAGCCCAUUCCGUCGCCUUUGCUUUACCACCGCUGCUUGGUUCAUCUAUGUUAAGGGAUUCCAAGACGAUGGCACGCCAAUCGACAUUGAAGAACCCAUGCUCGAGGAGCUCCAGGCGCUAGCUCACGAAGGGGGUACCAACCCGAUCAAGCUGCUCAGCGUCAAGAGCUUAUUCGGUGAUGAUUUGCGAGGUGACAAGAGAUUUAUCCAAGAAAUUACUACCGCUAUGGAGGAUAUCACCCGGGACGGCGUCCUGAAGAGCCUUCCCAAAUACAUUGACUAA